UCACACCGCCGCCGCGACACAAACGCGCCGCAUCCGCGCCUCAUCGAUCCGCGUAUCGGAAACCGAUCGGUAACCGCAUGGUGACGUCACGCCGCUGAUUGGUAACAGCGGCUGGUGGGCGGGUGGCUGUGUGACACUCCAACGCCAGGGAUAGAUGGGCGCAUUGAAACCAAACACCGGAUAAACGAAAGAAAAGACAAAAGAGGAGCGCGAGGACGUGCACGGGGAGUGUUUGUUUUGUUUCUCCGUCAGUGCGUGGGGAAUGUAGCUGUCACAGCCGCCUGCGGGAGGAUGGAUGCGUAACAGGACGGAUCGAGCCAGCUGUGGCCUGCUUCUAACAGCAACAUCUGGCCGGGUCAGAGAGGAGCCUCAGCAGCCUGGAAUACAGCACCGAGGCGGGGGGAGAUGGAGGAGGGGGACGCAGAGGGGGAAGGGCCCAUGGUGGGCAGAGAGGGGCCGAACGCCAGCAGCAACAUCACCACCACCACCACCACCAACCUCCUUGCUUCUGUCAAAGAGCAGGAGCUUCAGUUUGAGCGGCUGACUCGAGAGCUGGAGGAGGAGCGGCAGAUUGUGGCCAGCCAGCUGGAGAGGUGCAUGCUGGGAGCUGAGUCGCCAGCGGGAGAUAGCAGCAGCUCGUCCGAGAAGUCGUUUGCAUGGAGAUCUGCAGGUGGAGAGUUGCAGGGCGGAGUGAUGGAGGCGUCUGGGUGUCCUGGGCGUCAGCUGGAGGUGGAGGUGGAGGAGGGUCUCUUCAUGCCUGAGCCCGACCGCGCCUCGCUGCAUGACAGCUCGGGGGGUCACUCGGCGCAGAUGACCUCGUAUUCAGACAGCGGUUACCAGGACAGCAGCGUGAGUUACUACAGCAACCAGAACGUGGUGCGCUCGGAGCCCCGCGCCUCGCUGUCCAGGAGCCCGAGGGCCGAGGGUCAAGCCUCUGGGCAGGUGUCGGGCAGGGUCUUACGGAGGAUGACGUCCCUCCCCUCCAGGAGCCAGUCUCCCGGGGGGGGCACCGUCUCCCCCUCCCGGAUCUCCCUGCGGACCUCCCAGGGCAGCACCUACGACUCCCCCAUCCUCUCGGAGCCCAAACCUCUGGCGGCCGUGUUCCUCGGGACCUCCAUGCCGCCCUCCUGCCCCUCACCCUCCUCCCCAACCGACGCCACCCAGGCCCUGGGGGGAGGUGGUGGGGGGGGUCGCCUGGGCUCCACCCUGUCCCUGGUGGAGGGGAGGUGUCUGACGGGGUCCCCUCUGAGGUCGGGGAUGACGGCGGUGCCGCAGCACUACGGAUCAACGCUGCCCCGGCAGAGCCAGCCGCUGGGCUACGGAGCUGGGGACCCCUAUGGCCUGUUCCAGAGGGGGGGGCUGCCGCGGCCCGACAGCCUCAUUGGGCUCCACAGCUCGUACGUGGGUCACGCAGGGCAGAUAGAUCCGGAGCUGAGGGCGGCAUUAUCUCCGGAUUGCCACAUGACGCCCGUUUUCGAUGAGCGCUCCUUCCACAGCCCCCUGUACCACAGCCCCUCCCACGACCCCUCCCUCUACAGGGUCAACACAGGUUUGGCGACCCUCCCCCGGGCCUCGAGCCACUGCGGUACGCUGCCGUUCCAAAGAAGCAGCUUCGGGCUGAGCACCGCCGCUCUAUACGUGGACCCCUACCGGGAGCCCAUCUUCUCCCACCGCCACUCUGGGCUUAUCGAGCGGGGGGUCACGCGCACCCCCUCCCUCGAGAGCAUCCAUAAGGACCCCAGGGAGUUUGCCUGGCGUGACCCCGAGCUGCCGGAGGUCAUCCACAUGCUGCAGCACCACUUCCCCUCGGUGCAGGCCAACGCCGCCGCCUACCUGCAGCACCUGUGCUACGGAGACAACCGGGUGAAGGUGGAGGUGUGUCAGAUGGGGGGGAUCCAGCACCUGGUGGACCUGCUGGAUCACAAGCUGACGGAGGUCCAGAAGAGCUCCUGCGGGGCCCUGAGGAACCUGGUGUACGGGAAGGCCACGGACAACAACAAGGUGGCGCUGAGGAACUGCGGGGGGGUGCCCGCCCUGCUGCGCCUCCUCAGGAAGACCACCGACAACGAGGUCCGAGAACUCGUCACCGGCGUGCUGUGGAACCUCUCCUCGUGUGACGCGGUGAAGAUGACGAUCAUCCGCGACGCUCUGAGCACGCUCACCAACACCGUGGUCAUCCCCCACUCGGGCUGGAGCAGCCUCUCCCACCGCGACGAACACAAAGUCAAGUUCCAGUCCUCGCUGCUGCUGCGCAACACCACCGGCUGCCUGAGGAACCUGAGCUCAGCAGGGGAGGAGGCGAGGAGUCAGCUGCGUUGCUGUGAAGGUCUGGUGGACUCGCUGCUUCACGUCCUCAAAGCCUGCGUCAACACCUCCGACUACGACAGCAAGAUUGUGGAGAACAGCGUGUGCACCCUGAGGAACCUCUCGUACCGGCUGGAGGUGGAGAUGCCGUCCUCCCGGCUGCUGGGGAACCAGGAGUUGGACACCCUGCUGGGCUUCUCCUCCCCGGGGAAGGAGCUGGACUACAUCUGCUGGGGCAAGAGGAGGCGCGGGCGGAAGAGGGGGGGCUGGCCCGACGACAAGUGGGACGGUGUGGGGCCCAUCCCAGGUUUCUCUCAGCACCUGAGGGGGGCGGAGCAGCUGUGGCACCCCAUGGUGGUGAAGCCGUACCUCAACCUGCUGGCGGAGAGCUCCAACCCCCCCACGCUGGAGGGGGCCGCCGGGUCCCUGCAGAACCUCUCCGCCGGGAACUGGAAGUUCUCAGCCUACAUCCGAGCGGCGGUGCGCAAAGAGAAAGGGCUGCCCAUCCUGGUGGAGCUGCUGAGGAUGGACAACGACCGGGUGGUGUGCUCCGUCGCCACCGCCCUCCGCAACAUGGCGCUGGACAGCCGCAACAAGGAGCUCAUAGGAAAGUACGCCAUGCGGGACCUGGUGACGCGGCUGCCCGGCGGCGGUCCCUCCAGGCUGUCGGACGAGACGGUGGCGUCGGUGUGCUGCACGCUGCACGAGGUCACCAGCCGCAACAUGGAGAACGCCAAAGCUUUAGCCGACUGCGGAGGCAUCGAGAAGCUGGUGGACAUCAGCAAAGGGCGAGGGAAAGGGUACUCCGUGAAGGUGGUGAAGGCAGCAGCUCAGGUGUUGAACACGCUGUGGCAGUACAGAGACCUGAGGACCCUCUACAAACAGGACGGCUGGAACUACACCCACUUCGUCACUCCGGUCUCCACCCUGGAGCGAGACCGCUACCUGUCCCAGCCCACGCUGCCCACCAGCCCCAUGCAUAUGUCCCCCAUCAUCCAAUCAGGUGGUAGUGCAACAUCCUCCCCGGCGAUGCUCGGGAUCAGGAGACACAGUUCCAACUAUCAGAGAGCGCAGUCAUCUAUGCAACUCGACACGUAUUACGGAGACAACAGUUUACACAAACGGCAGUACACAGGGUCUGAGAAGAAAACUCCAUAUUUCAUCGGGACAUACUCUUCCCAGUCAGGAGAGGAUCUGAGACGUUCCCAACACACAGAGCCAUUUUACGACGAGCCCGACAGGAAGAACUACAACAGCUACAGAAUGUACCUGUCGUCCCCUCAAGACUACGGAGAGGAGCCGUACGACGAGGAGGAGCCGGGGCCCCUGACCCCCACCCCCCCCGACGGCUAUGCUAGCCAGGCGCUCCAGUUCAAAGCCAACACCAACUACGUGGACUUCUACUCCACCACGCGGAGGCCUUCCAACCGGGCCAACAAGUUCACCGGCUCCCCCGACUCCUGGGUGUAGAAACGAAAGGACCCAGGUGUACGAGGAGAUUCUGUUUCUGUGAUUGUUUUUGUGUGGGGAGUGCAAGGUGGAGGAUGCAUGUGAAUCUAUGUUGACCUGUGCUCAACAACAGGGCUCGGUUUGCUACAGUUACACCAUGUGCACAAUAAUGCAGAUGAACAUGAACUAUUCCUUUAUUUGUUCUUUCUUUACAUUUAAAGCCAAUGUAACAAGUGUUUUGAGAUCGUAUCAGUUUAUUGCACUUAAUGUAGUCCCUAUAGAUAAAAGCUUAAUGAAAUGUAAUGAGAACAAUAUUAAUGCUUUAGUUAACUAGACACUUUUUGAUGACAAGUCAAAACUGCAGUGAAUCUACUGGACAGAGCCAAGGAGACUUAAAUAGCGUAAUGCAAUAUCCUUCAAGCUAUUUUCGCACUUCCCUGUUUUCUAUUUAUAAUUGCACCUUAAAAAAAAGUAGUAACAUUACUAGGAGCUACAACAAAAGAUAGCUUUAUUUGAUUAUACUGAAUUGAAUAUUGGAUAUUAGUGCUGAUUUCUGCCGUAAUAUCCAUUAUUAAAUUCAAUUAAACAUGUUUGUUAAUAUUCAAAUAAAGCUAUCUUUUUUUGUAGUUCCUGGUCAAGCUAGUAUUUUUUUUAUAUAAAAAAAACAGUUGGUUCAAAGGGAAGCCAAAAAUAGCUUGAAGGAAAUUGCUUUACGCCUUGGCUCUGUCCAGUUGAUUCACUGUCGUUUUGACUUGAAAAAGUGUCUAGUUGUAACUAGAGCUCUCGUACUUUAAUAUUUUUCGUGAACUUUUCAUUAAGUUUUUAUCUAUUAAGUAGAGGUGGGGACUCGAGUCACAUGACUUGACUCGAGUCCGACUCGAGUCGCAUAUUUAUGGACUUGAGACUUGCUUGACUAACAUUGAUAAAAAACUUGACUUGACUUUGACUUGGUAUUCAUAACUUGAGACUUGAUUUAAGCUUAAGGACUUGACUUUUUUUAAUUAAAUAUUUGCGUUUGUUUUUGUAUUGAGAUAUUACGUUUAGUUUUCAAAUAUG